AUGACUAGCGAUCGAGCUGUGUCGAGUAUGAAUCUUUUUGACCCAUUAGUUGAUACUUCAUCUAAAAUCCCAGACGUAAGUCAGGGCUUUAUCCCUACAUUCAUGACCACCCUGAGUGUUAUCACUGGUGUCGAAGUUUUAAGUAUAGCAAAUUCAAUGAUAUUUACAGGAUUCGUCGUUAGCAUGUUUUUAAUGUUCUUUACAACGGCACUUUCCUAUAUUUGCACUGUAAUUACAUUAAAUCUCGCCAAACGAUAUACUUCUGAAAGUAUCAAUGACCUUGCAACAAAGAUUAUCGGUAGAUGGUUCGGAGAUGUCUGUUCCAUUUUGGGUUUAUGCUUCACUUAUAGCUGUUUGACUUCUUACAUCUUUUUAGGCUCAGAAACUGUGUUUAACUGGCUAGAACUUGCAGGUCUUAAAAACAUCCAAACAGGCUAUAAGAGGGUCUUAAUAAUUCUUGGAUAUUCCAUAUUAAUUCCAGUAUUAACAACAAUUCCAAGACAAACUAAACUUCUUGGUUAUAUCUCAAGUUUUGCUCUCAUCAUACAGAUUAUAUACUUUUGCAGUAUCAUUUACGAAGCAAUUAUUCACUUUCCAAACGGAAUUGAUCCAACAGUCGAAACAUACGUUUUUAAUAUCAAUAUUUUCAACGCGUUCGCAAUCUAUUCACUUUUAUUCUCGCUUCCAGCCGUUAUUCUUCCAAUUGUAAGAUCUUAUACGCCUGUUAUGAAGUCAAGAUAUCAGGUUAUCGGUCUUGCAGUUUUUGUUAGCUACAUUGUCGUUGCUGUUCCAGGUGCUAUUGUUUACUUGAUUUUUGGAGCGAAAACAGAUCAAAUUGCAAUUUCUUCUUUUGAUGGCAAAGAUGUUGUAAUGCAAAUAGUCAGAGCAUGCUUCUUCAUUGUUGUUAACGCCUCUUACGCUGCUAUUUCUCAAAAUGUCAUUCAGGAUGUUACAUCUUUAAUUUAUCAUGUCGAAAGCCCAGGAGCAUUACCAGGCCUCAAGAGAUUAAUUGUUCUCCUCUGUACAAAUAUACCCCCGAUUUCAAUUGCUAUACUUCUUCCAGAGAUUCGACCAAUGUUCGAAAUUGGUGGCGCUUUUGGAGGAUGUUUGGCCAAUUUCUUUAUCCCAUCAAUCCUUGCUUUCUUUGCCCUUCCAAAGAAACUCUCUUAUGCAGGAGCCGGUUAUAUGUUCCUGGCUUUAUUCGGUAUAUUGUGUUGCGCUAUUGCUACAUACGAAGCUGUUGUCGAUGCUUUGCAUCCUGGAUCAUAA